CGGGAACCACUAAACUCCCGGAGAAAGGUUCAUUAAAAUUACAGUAUAAAUCGCCCGGUAAAACCGCGAUUUCAUUGAAAGAGAGAUCGGCGACCGUUGGCGUCUCACUAUCUUUCAUUUAUAUAUUUCCUUCUCUCGCAUUAAAUUCCACCGCUCCUCUUCUUCUUCUUCUUUCUCUCUCUAUUUCAUCAAAGCUUGGGGUCUAGACGCCAAGGGACAUUCUCCGUAGCUGUUAGCUAAAGUAAAUGAAGUUUUCCUGACUGAUGGCUGUUGCUGGCUUGCGUAACGUUCCUGCAUUUGAUUAUUCUGUUCUUGAUCAAUCUCAGCCACCAUUGGCAAGGCUAUGGGGUGAAAGAGAAAGGUCAGGGGCUAGGGCUUCCACUCUUCUUCAAAUGUGGAGGGAGAUUGAGCAUAUGGGGAGUAACACCAUCACCAGAUCUAGAGAUGGACAUGUGAAGCAAGGGAAUGAGAGUGAAAUUUGCAAUGCGAAUGAGUCUAUUGAUCUUGCCGAGAUAGAGAGGGGAAAAGUCAGGCAAGUUUUUCAAGAGUGGAUGUGUAAUGGUGUACAGAUCAAUGCGCUGAGCACAUCACCGGUCAGUGGGCAUUUAAGGGAUGGAUGUGUUGAAAAUGGAGAAUGGAAGGGAAGCAAAGGCUUACAAAGACUGUGUGGCAGACAGGCUAUUGUUGAUUUACUGCUAAAGGCUCAGAUGCAACGGAAAAGAGAACUUCAAUGUUUGUCAGAGGCUCGGCCGGUAUCAGGUUUCGCUCAUCGCAAGCGUAUCGAGUCACUGCUUAAAGGUAGAUUCCUGCUCGAGGAAAGAUUGAUCUGGGGUGAAAGGCGUAAUUCACUUGAAACAAUUGAACUAGGCCUUCUGAGACAGAGACAAACUGUAUCCUGUUUAAGGGAAGAAUUUUUGUCAAGACUGGACCGUAAUUGUCAUAGUCACAUCUUUUAUUCCCAAUCCAAGGAGUUUUCUGAUGUUGAACAUAAUGCUCCUGGAAAUUUUCCUUGUUCAACCACUGAACAAGAGGAUGCCAAUGAUUUGCACAAACAAUCUGAGCUUUCAUAUGAUGGCAGAGAGAUCAAUAUAUCUCAUAUGCUGGAGAAUGUAGAGGAGACGGUUGGGGUUAUGAUACAACCUGCAACUUUUGGCCAAACUGUGGAAACAUCAGAGGAACACUUGGAAUGUGAAAGUUCACAGUUUUCUGUGGGAAUAGAGGAUGGUGAAGGUCAACAACCAGAAGAUCACGAAGCUUUAGGUGAGCAUCAUGACCACAAUGACGAGUCAAAUGAUCUUCAAGAAGUGUAUGGUGGGGUGGAUAAUUGGCAAGAAAAUCGCAUUGACAGUUUUGACUGGCAAGGCAAUGUUUAUAACACCGAACUUAGAGAACUCCUCAGCAGGAGAAGUGUUUCUAAUAUACUUCAAAGUGGGUUCCGUGAGCGGCUAGAGCUGCUGGUGAACUCUUAUGUUGAGAGGCAAGGACAGACUUCUUUUGACUCGGAGAUGGACCAAGAUCACCAUGAGGGAGACGAGAAUGACAAUGAGAAUGAGGAUGAUGUUAACGUAAAUGAAAUGGAAAGAAAUUACUUUCUUCUAACUUCUUCUCAAGAUUCUCUUUCUCUGCCUCUUUGGGAUGAGGAGCCAACAAACUCAAAUAUUCUUUGCUUUAACCUUCCUUCGUGUCCAGAAAUGGAGUGGCAAAUCAUCAACGAGUUAAGGAUUGACAUUGGUAGGCUUCAACAGCAGAUGAAUAAUAUGCAAAGGAUGCUAGAAACAUGCAUGGACAUGCACAUUGAAUUGCAGCAAUCAGUACAACAUGAAGUUUCUGCAGCUUUACACCGAGAGUCUGUUUCAAAAGAUACAUGUGAGGACAGUCUUUUGAAUAAAGAAUCUAAGUGGGAUAGCGUGAGUAAGGGAAUUUGUUGCUUGUGUAGUACAAGGAGAAUUGAUUCGUUGCUAUACAGGUGUGGACACAUGUGCACAUGUCUAAAAUGUUCAGAAAAAUUGGUCCAAGGGAAAGGGAAUUGCCCAAUGUGUCAGGCCCCAGUAGCUGAGCUGAUACGAUUGUCCUCUUUACAUUAAUUAAGAUAAGUAAAUGAAGCCAAUGAUAAGGAAAAGCUCUAAUUGCCGCUGCCCAUCCUGGUCACUGUCAAAGUAAAUUCUUCCAAUGAAAGCUAUAAUUCGCAUCCUUUUACUGGUAAACGGCAAAGUGGUAUAAGCUAAUGAAUGGGAAGUGAUCUGAUCUUUGUUAACUGUCAAAGUAAAUUAAGGCAAUACUAGGUAAAUUUUUUUGGUAGAGUGAAAACCAGGUAAGUGCUACACUUCUCAAUCAGUUUCCCUACUCCUGUAGAAUUGUGGUAUAUUCAAACGCAGUGUCGUUGAUGGCUACAAACAUGAUGCGUAAUGGCGUGUAAAUGCCAUCUCAUUGUUUGUGGAGACGUUCUCGUAUUUGGCUAAUUAGAGUAGCCAUUGAAGUAGCUUUGAUUAGAUUGCAAAUGCUAUCUCCUACGAGUGUAAAGGUAGCUCUCUUCAAGUGUCUGCCCUUUGCAGUGCACAAUGAACUAGAGUGGUCUUUUCGUUAAACCUCAUUGACACCUUUGUUUGAGUCACAUGGAUAUCAGAGUCAAUUAAUGCAUGGUUGUACAUAGAGACAAGCUUACUACUUUUCAAUUUAUGGAUGUCUCAUUCAAACACAACGACGUCUUUCAGGAUUCAAUGUCAGUGAUUUCAGAGACACUGCAAAUUCAUCAAUUUCAUUGACACUGAAUUCAUAAAAGGAUGACAUUCUGAUUUAGUGUGACAUUCAUUAAAAAAAUGUCAGGCUUGUCUUUGUGUCUGGAAAAGCAUUCCAUUUGAUUUCCUGAGAUGUGAGUUCAUCACAUGAAGCAAAGGACUGAUACCCAAAGAGGAAACUACCCUUACCCAAGUGGAGAUGAUGUUUGCAGUCUUAUCAAAGCUGCUUCAAAAGGAAGCUGUAAUAGUCUGUACAAGAGCGUUCCCACUAACAGUGAGGCGGUGCGAUUGUGGAAGCCAUGCCAUGCCGGUCACUGUCACCACUCACCAUCAAAGGCUUUGAAUUUCAAUUCAGUAGUGAGAAAUUGAGCAGAAAGUGUUGGCUGUACCUGGCUCUCACUCAGGGCACACACACACACUAUGUAAUACACUUUCUCCAUUACAUAGGGAACUUGGUUGUAUUGAUGGAUUGGUCGAUGUAACCAUACUAGAUUGUAUGAGGUUUCUUUUGAACUGAUUUUUGACAUAGCUUACAAACGAAUCAAAGGUAUUAUAAUGGCUUGCAACAGUUCAGUGCACAUCAAUGAGAUAAGGGUACAUUCUUGUGAAGAUACAUUGUGUAGUCAAAGGGAGAAGAGUUAGAAUCAUGAAUUAUGUAUAUGCAUUGAAAAUGUUGCAACUCAAAGCAGUUUGAGGCAGAUUUAUGGUAUGUGUUUCUAUAAAUGUGAUGAUUGUGU